UGUAGUUCGCCAGCGGAAAGGUUGAUUUUUUGUUUGGCUCAGUUUGUUUUAAUGAAAAAAAAAAGAAUCAAUCAGAUUGGCAUUAACACCAAAUGUUAGCCAGCAGUAAUCCAGAAAAAGUUUUGUUUGCUAAAUAAUUUCAAUUAAAAAAACAAUUGAUAUUUGUGUCAAAUGUUUAGCGAUAUUGUUUGUAUUAAAGAAAAAAGUGUUACAUCUGCUUUGAAGCUAUUUAUAAUUAUUUUAUUAUCCCUAAAGUAACGUUCAUAAAAAAUAUUAGUGAUUAUUUGUUGUGUGUGAUGAUGGUGUUUGAGUGCGUAAAGUUUUGGUCGAAGAUAAUACAACCAAAAACCACCUAUUUGUGAUGACGGUAGUAUAACCGUUAUUUUUAAGAGAGAAAAUACUGUUUCGAAAGAGUAUGUGGCGUGAGUGAAUGAGUAAUUGAGUAGUUAUUUAGUGGAAGGAUUGUUGUUUUUCUUGUUGUACAACAAUUGGCAAAGAAGAAGGAAAAAGUUGAAAACAAAAAACAAAUUAAAUAAAAUACUAUCAGAAGUUGUGUACUACAACAAUUUACAAUAAAACGUGUAAAACGAAGAUAUUCCAACAAAACAAAAUAUUUUAAUUUAUAAAAUAACUUGUAACAAUCAAACACAUGUUCUAAGUUAGCUAUGCAUACAUCUAUUGAAAAGUGUAUACACACUACAAUUAAAUAAAAAAUUAAUUGUUUUAAAUAAAAAGAAAAAAACAACAACAAAGUGUGAAAUCAAUACUCCACUCAAAACAAUUGAUGUAUAGAGUAUGUAGCGCGUGUGUGUGGUGUAUGUAAAUAAAAAUAAAAUAUUCGUAAUUGUUAAAAAAGGUCGGAUGCUGCAUACAUUUGAAUAAAACAAAAUAUGAAAUAACAAAAACCGAUAAUAAAAUAACAACAGCAAAAAUACUUAUAACAAAAUCUUGCUUUUCAAUUGUUUAGUUCGUCAACAAACGACCGAAGAAGUACACAACAAUCAUGUUAAAAAUAUUGUUAUUGGAUUGUCUUUAAAAUAUAAUGGAGGAUCAUUUGCAUGGCCAACAGGGAACAAUGGGUGAAUUGGAACACCAUGAUGGAUCGGCUUCAAUUUAUGAAUCAGUUGGGGGCAACAGCAAUAGGGCAUCAAAAACACUUACUUCGAGUUUGGGCAUCAACGACAUAAAAUGUUCACUGAAACGCGAACCUUGUCAGGAUGAACAAAAUUUACAGUUAGGCGACAAAGCCCCCUUAACUGGUUCAAAUAUUGAAAGUUUACGCCGAAGAUCACCAGACUCAGUUCCCAAAAGCACAAGAUCAAUGCACGCGCAUAUUGACAAUGUUGAUAACACACCAUCCAACAUUGAACAACAUGACAUAAAUGAUUCACUGAAACAGUUACGAAAUGGUUGUGAUAAUACUUCUAUUGACCAAAAUCAAGACAUUUAUGUUCUUCCUGGGCAAUUAGAAGACAUAAAAUUGAAUCAGGCAUUUUCCGAUGAAGUUUUGAAAGAAAAUGUGACUGAAAAAUCUAGAUCCAACAAAACCGAUUAUAUUAAUUCGUCACCGUUUACGUUAAAAACUAAUUCCACAUUUACAUCUUGUGAUUCUUCUGCUGUGAUUCCUUUAGCUGGCCUAAACACUACCAAAGCAAGAGACUCUGACGAAUGUAGACCGGAAAAAGACAAAAAAGAGCCAUGCGUUAAGCAAAGGCUGGAUGAACAUGCUGCAACACGAGGUAAAAAUAUAGCACAUUGUUUUACUAAUAAGAACACGGAUGCCGUUCAAUUGUCUAACUCUAGUAUUAGUACUCUGGCAAUCAGUAAUCAAAUGACAUUAAAACAUGCAUGUCAAUCCCCAUAUAUAACCGUUUUACCAUUGCAUGCUUGCAAUACAUUUAACCAUUUUCAUCACAACCAUCUUCACAUCCAACACCAUCACAACCACAGCCAUAAUAAUUACCAAUCUGAAAGUGAAAAUUUUGCUAACGAAUUAACCAAUGCUUUGUCCUCUCGAUUGCUUUUUCAAAUAACAAAUACAAAUAACUUCUCCUAUUGCACUAAUUCAGCUUUAAAGAACCAAAAUAAAAGACAGUCCUCAUUCUUAAAAUCCCAAUCGCUUGAAAUUGUACAAGAUUCACCAUCCAUUCUUUACCCUGAAACAGACGAUGAUGAUGAGCAUAUAUUUUUUCAACUGCCAGAAAUUGAUGAGCACGACCUUCUAUAUAAACAAAAUCAGAGAGACAGUCAUCCUUUCAAAGACCACAGGCAGAAAAGUUCAAAAUUGUCAAAUCAAGAAGAUGAACUUGGCACUCGCUCGAGGAGAGCAAAAACUGAUGCUAUUGAUUCAACUUACCAUAAUGAUGAAAAUGAUGAAAACAUUGAUGAUGAAGGUGUUGUGAUUAAUAGAUCAUUGUCAUUAUCAUCACAAAAGACUGGAAUAGCUUUAAAAUCUCAAUCCCUAGAAUCACGACCCAUUUAUCCAAAUGUCCCAUAUAGUCCGUAUGCUAGCCCGUACAGUAGUCCUAGGUCAAACAGACGAAGACCACCACUGCGAGAAUCAAGGCGUAUUUCAAUUGAGCAAAGCGGCAGUUUUCUUCAAUUGAAUCAAUACAAAUUAAUGGACCAAAUAGGACAGGGUUCUUAUGGUCUCGUUAAAUUGGCUUACUCAGAAGAAGAUUCAACUCACUAUGCCAUGAAAAUACUUUCAAAACGACGUUUACUACGCCAAGCCGGUCUUAUGAAACGAGGUCCAAAAAAAAGUACAUCGCCUUUAGAUCGAGUUUAUCGAGAGAUUGCCGUCUUAAAAAAAUUAGACCACCCGAAUGUGGUAAAACUUGUGGAAGUACUUGAUGAUCCUGUAGAGGAUUCUCUUUAUAUGGUUUUUGAACUUGUUAAACAAGGCGAAGUAUUAAGUGUUCCCACAAAAAAUCCCCUAACUGAGGAAAGAUCUUGGAGUGUUUUCCGUGACACCCUUUUGGGUUUAGAGUAUCUACACUACCAGCGAAUCAUUCAUGCCGAUAUAAAGCCUGGAAAUCUAUUAUUAACUGAAUGUGGUCGAGUUAAAAUAGCCGAUUUAGGUGUUUGUAAUGAAUUCAUUGGAGAGGAUGCCACAAUGACUAAUUGUUCAACAGCUGGAACUCCAGCAUUUAGGCCACCAGAAUCUUUAAACGUUGGACAGAAUAUGUACUGUGGUAAAGCUGCUGAUAUAUGGGCAUUAGGAGCAACACUUUAUGCAUUAGUUUAUGGCAACGUACCUUUUGAAGCCUCAUCAGUUCCAGCUUUAUAUGAAAAAAUUAAAAAUGAAGAAUUAUCGUUUCCAGAAAACCCAAAGACUUCAGUUGAAUUAAGAGACUGCAUCAAAUGUAUGUUAAAAAAGGAUCCAGCAGAUCGUAUUACUUUGCCACAGUUAAAGGAACACGUUUGGGUGACUGCUGGUGGUCUACAUCCAUUGCCCAGUGAGGAGGAAAACUGCCGAUUAGUUCAAGUUAAUGAUGAUGAUAUUAAUUCAGUGGUACGCAGCAUUCCAAAAUUGGAUACAUUGAUUUUAAUAAAAACAAUGCUAAAGAAACAUUCCUUUGGUAAUCCAUUCUCACGUGGAAUAUCGGGUCGAGCACCACAGCGUGGCGGUUCACGUUUAGAAAGAUUUAUACGCGCGGGACGUUCUAAUUCAGCACCUGGAUCCUAUAAUAUGAUUGUUGACAGGCAACUUUCUGGUGAUAACAUACUUCCAGCUCUUACUGAGCAUUCUCCUUCAAAUUGCACAAAUGAAGAAUCCCAAUAAAAGCAAAACAGUAACUCAUUAUAUUAAUAGAAACACAAAUUAAAGUUAUUUAUAAAUUAUUAUUCCCCUUAUUCACAAACAUUUCUAUUUUAUAAAAGGUUUCUAAAACAAAGUUAUCAUACAAAAUCUAAUUUAUAAACCAUUUAUAAAAUAAAAAUUUAGUUUGUGAAUAAGAGGUUAAAUUAUAAAAAAAUGCACAAUACUAAGUAAAAAAUACAAAACAAUUGCUUUUCUCGAAUAAUUAAUAUAAAAAAUAAUAAUAAUAAAUACGUAAUACUAACAUUAUGUAUUACAACAAACACUAUCAAAUAUAGUACAUAUUAUAUUUAGUAAAAAUUAUGCAAUAGAUCCUUAACAUUUUAAAUCAAUUGUCCAGUUCACAAUCGGCAUCGAGGUACAAUGUUGCACAAGUUUUAAAUAAUUUAGUUUCUAAGUAUAAAUAUUAUUUUAAUAUAAAACGAUUCGACACAGCUUGUAAAUUGGACAAAUACGCGUAUUAGGGUCUUUUACAAUCCAAAUACUAAACUUUUUAUUUAUAUCCUUAAUAGCUGAAAAUUUAUUUAGGUCCAUUUAAGGAAACUUUUGAUUAAAUAUGUAUCUUACCUUGCUUAAAAGAAGAAAAAAAAAACAUAAAAGCCUUUUAAGAAUGUCAGCAGUUUUAACCAUGUUUAGCAAACAUUACAAUUUAAAAACGGGAAUCAUUUUUUAGAAUAAUAAGAACCCAAUUGAGAGAAAAUGUUCUUUAAUUAAAAAUCAACUCUUAGUUUUAUCAGUCACCUUUUUCUCGGGUCUCACCGAUCGACUAUGGAAAGUCUGAUUGUUGUUUACUAACCAAAUACUCUCUUACUAACCAAAAAGUAAAUAAAUAAUGAAGAUUAAAAUGUUAUAUUUUUUAAAUUUUUAUAAACUAAUUUAAAAUUUUAACAAUUUUUACACAUUAAAAAGUAAGCUUUGAAGAUAUUUAUAGGUCAUGUCAUACGGAAAACAUGACAAUUUUAACAUACAUACAUACGAAAUUACAUAUGAAUAUAAAAAAGUGACAGUACAUACGUAAAAUACAUGUCGUCUAAUAUCACCUUAAGUUGUUGUGACAGUAUAACACGGUUGGCUUUUAUUCAAAUCUUGGAACCAUGAUUGCAAUACCAUAGUUGUGUUUGUUAACGUUGCUAGCAACGAUCGAUCGUUACUAACGAUCGAAGUCAAUUCCAUAUAAAUUUAAGAUUUUUAAACGUUAGGUGUUAACAUGUAAAAUUAUACAAGUUAAUUUUAACGUCGUUACAAGUGCUACCAAUUCAAAUAAAACACAAUUUAACGUUGUGUUUUGUUGCUUUAAAUGAGUGUUUACGGUCAAAGUUAGCAACGCAAUCUUGAAGUAAUUUUUUAUUUUCUUGAAAAAGUUUUUUUUAUUUAGUAAUUUUCUUCAAUUUAAAUUUAAUUUAAAAAGAUUUUUUAUUUUACAUAAAGACAAUGAUAUGAGUAUUUUUACAUUUGAAUAAAAUUAACUUGUAUAAUUUUAAACGUAAACUCCUAACGUUUUUAAAUUUCAAAAUUUAUAUGAAAUUGCCAAAUAAUAAAUAAAUAUUUACAAAAAAAAAAAAAAAUAAAUAAAUUGAAGAAUAUUACCAAAUAAAAAAAAAUUAAAUGAAUUUUAAAUAAUUUCAAAAUUAAGCUAAUUUUUUCCGUAGGGUAAUGCCAUGUCAGGUAAUAUUCGUCUUGUUGCUUACUUUGAGCGUUAAUACUUAAUGAUAGCAACAAAACACAACUAAUAAAGCAACUCUAAAAUGAUAUCAUAUGUAUAUAUGUAUGUAUAUAAUGUUUGUGUAAAUAAAUAUAUAUUUAAAUAAAAUCAAAAUGUCUAUUUGUUAAAUGUAACGUUAUUUUCAUUAAAUAUUUGAUAGGUGUGAACGUUGAUUAAAGAACAUUACAGCUUAAUUACAAUUGGAACCACAACCGCUGUCGACAAUGAGUUUUCAUACAUUAUGUAAAGAGAGCAAAAUAUCGUCUUGUAGUUGGCGACAUUAUGGUUGUAUAUUUUACUUUUCUUGCGAUCUCUGGCGAUCCUCUCAUUAUUCUCUUAUUUUUAUAUUGUAGCGUUGCCAUAUGUUCAAAAUAUUUUGUUAAAAAUCUUGAAAAAAUUUCAUUUUCGGCAUGUGUUAUUAAUGGAUGAUAUUUAAUGAAAUAAAUAGGAAUUAAAGAGAAUAAUAUGUUUAAAUCAAUCAAGUAAGAAGUUAUACCUUAUAAUACCUUACACCUGUAUACAAAUAAAUAGUGAUUUAGCAAAAAAUUGCGACCUGUAGUUUGACUACUUUUUGUUGUAAACCUAACAAGCUGUUGUUUGGGGGCCAGGUGAAAUAAUGAACCGAUCUUAACCAUUUUCAAUAGGUUAAUUCUAUCGUCCCUGGGGCGAUAGAAUAUCAUGUACCAAAAUUUCAUUGAAUUAUCUUCAAAAUUGCGAUAUGUAGUUUGAUUACAAGGUUAACAUGGACGGACAUAGCUGAAUUGACUCAGAAAAUUAUUGUGAACCGACUGGUAUACUUUAAGGUUUGUAUAGGACCAAUAUUAUUGUGCGUUACAAACACCAGCAAAAAACCAAACCACCCCACUAAAAUGGUGUAGGGUAUAAAAACGUGGUCUGCCGACAGUCGCUUAAUUUUAAUUCGUCGCUCGCUAUUUUGUGUGAUUUGUCGCCAGCCGUUCCAAUUGUAACAAAGCUGUUACUCUCUAUUAGAAAAAGAUAUUUAUAAAUAAUGAAUCUGGUUUCAAACGAAUGCCGUAAGAAAGGAUUCAAAUUUAAUCAAAUUAUUAACGAACAAGGUUCGGCCCAUUAUCGUACAUUUUUUUAUAUAGUAUUUAGUAUAGAUUACGAAAAUUAUUUUCGGGACCAUUUGAUACAUUAAGAAAAAAUUAUAAAUAAUAUAUAAAUAAAAAUAUAAUUUUUAUGUAAGAAAUGUAUUGCAUGCAUUCAAUUUACAUGUCAUACAUAGAUCAUUUCAUAAAUUUAUUUUUAAUGAAAUCAAUUUUAUUAUUAAUUAAAAUAAAAACAUAAAUUAUAAAUAUAAACAAGCACCCAAAAGCGAACAUAAUUUUAACCAACACUAAGCUUAAUAUAUUAUUAUUUUUAUUAUUUAUAAUGAGUAAAAACAAAUAUAUUUUUAAAAUAUUUAUAUUAAACAUACUGUAAGUAUGUAACAUACAUUUGAGUUAAUAAUAUUUACAUAAGUAACUAUGUACCAACAUAAUUGUAGCAUUCAAAAUAUAUACAUAAAUAAUUUAAUACAUAUGUAUGUACGCAUGUAUGUAUGUAUUUAUGUAUGUAUGUCUAAUACCUUUCAAUUGGUUCACAAUAUGAAUUUUAGUGGAUUUUCAUAUUAUCGUAAUUUGUAUCUCAUACAAAAAUAAUGUUUUAAAAAAUUGUUGAGAAAUUGGUUUGGUUCAUUUCAGAAUUUUUUCAUUAUUUUGCUAUUUAUAUGCCCUUAUAAUGCAAUAGGGGAAUCACAAUGGACCGAGUGAAAUUAGUUAAUGUAAGAUAAGGUUAAUUUAUUUAGACAAUUUUAUAAAAUAAAUCAAACUUCAUUUUUAUAGGGAAACUGAAAAAAUUAUUUUACAUACAUACAUAAAUACAUACAUAUUCUUAAAUAAUUAGCUUUUUAACAUAUAAAUUAACAACGAAUUAUUCUGUAUAACUUAAAAAUUAGCUUGAAUUCUACGCAAAUUGUAAACUUUUAAUAUCAACUUAAAUAAUAUGAAUAAAAUAUUCCAAAUAAUCGUAUGGAUCCUUAUUGCUUAGAGAAAUGAAAUGUAUUCGAAAAUAUUGUAUGUGAAAUGAAAUACGCAAAUGUGCUUAGCAAUGAAAUUGUGAAUGUUACCAAAAUUAUAAUUAAUUUUACAUUAUUAAAGAACAAAAUAUACUUCCUUUUUCUCUCUAUUUUUAUCAAAUAAAAAAUUGUUAAUAAAUUAUUAAAUAAUCAGAAUAAA